UUGCCGCUGAAGCAGCAAAUGUGGCAAACCAAGUUCUUGUCUUCCUGGCAACAUUCAUCCACCUCACAAUCUCAUUCGAUGGUUGGUCAAGCAAACGCGGUGAUGAAAUCUAUACUGUUCACAUCACUACACCUAUGAGACGCUCAUUUCUGGUGGAUGGUUUGAUCUUAACUGGGGAGUCUACUGAUGCCGAAAGCUUAUUUACACGGAUUGGAGAAAUCAUUAUCCGCUAUGUUGUUUACCGUUUUUCCAUGAUUGUUUCCGACACAACUGGAAAUGUCAAGAAAUGUCGCCGACUUAUCUGUACAAAGUGGCCAUGGAUACUCAACUGUCCUGAUCCCUGUCACCAACUCAACCUCAUGAUGAAGGAUGUUAUGGUUGGAUCAAAAAAAUAUCCAAAAAUUCUUGCAUUUACGGAACCUAUGCGUAUCGUCUCCGCUAUCACCACAUACUUCUCGCAUAGCAAUUAUGGCAAAUAUCAGCUCAGGGAUGAGCUCAAGAAUGAACCCAGCCGACGCGGAAUUCAGGUUGGCGGUGCAACAAGAUUUUCGACUUUUGCUACCCACGUCCAGAGUAUCAUACGCUGUUCAGAUGCAAUGGAAAGAUGUGUUUCAAAGGACCGUAUCAAAUUUGAUACACCCGCGACUAAAGAGUUACGAAAGUAUAUCAUUCAUGGCUCUGAUCGUUUCAAAUUUCAACUUCAGCUUCACAAUGCAAAUUUGCUACUACAACCUAUUGCACGCGGCCUACUGACUCUCGAAGGACAGAACACAAUGUGCUCCGAUGUCUUUUUUGUCUUCAUUGGCAUUGCGAUUGGUUUCACCCGUGUGUUUCAAGAUCCAACUAGUGAUGUUUAUUGUCAUCGCGCUGAGACUUUUGCUGUUUUUGACCGCCGUUUUGAUAUAUUCCUCAAUGACUGUACAAAAGAUAUGUUUAUCCUUGCUUAUCUGCUUGACCCCAGUGCGUAUUUUUCCCUAUGGAGGACAAGCAGAAACUAACUUUCUAAAGUGUACUACCCAGAUGGAGCUCUACGCCUUGAACUCCCUCCCCGAUCUGAAUUCAGGCAGAGCUCCUGUACACCUCUAGUCCGGCGCUUAAUCGGAUCGGCUCUUCAAAUGCUUCAAAAUGAACAAAAAAGAGAGCGAUUGGGCACCGAGGAAGAUGGGCGCACGAUGGUAAAAGAGCUCACUGGUGAGAAACUCUGGAUUCUAUGACAACCGUU